AUGAUCAAGGUUGAAGUAAUUCACAAAGAAAUUAUUAAACCAUCCGCUCCAACUCCUCACCACCUUAGACAUUUGUGCCUCUCCCUUUUUGACCAGAUUAUGCUUGAACUGCAUGUGCCACAAGUUCUCUUCUAUCCUAGCAGCAGUGAUGAACAUUCUUUGGUCGCUGAAAAGUCCGAGCUUCUAAAGAAAUCAUUAUCUGAGGCCCUCACUAUCUUCUACCCUUUUGCAGGGGAAUUCAAAAAUAACGUUUCCAUCAACUGCGAUGACCGCGAAGCUCUAUUUCUUGAAGCCCAAGUCAACUGUCCCAUGUCCAAGAUCCUGGACAAACCCGAUUCUGAGAUCCUAACACAACUGAUUCCAACUCCUAUGCGUUCCAAACAAGCACAAGUAGGGCAUCUUGUACUAGUCCAGGCCAACGUAUUUGAAUGUGGUGGAUUGGCAAUUGGCGUCAGCAUUUCGCAUAAGGUCGCAGAUGCCUUAGCGAACAGCAAUUUCAUCGAAAGCUGGGCUGAAAUUGCCCGCUGCACUGCCAGCAGUACUGACCAUCACGUAGUACUUCCUACAGAAUUUGGUGUUGCAGCUACUUUGUUCCCACCACAAGAAUUUUUUAAGAAAAACCCCAUCACGCUACCUAUUAUUGACAAUGUUGUCAGAAAGAGGCUUGUGUUUGAUGCCUCAAAGAUUGCUGCUCUCAAGGCCAAAGCUGCCAGUGCCACAGUGCCAAAUCCGACGCGAGUUAAAGCAGUUUCCGCGCUCAUUUGGAAAUCCGCAUUGGAAGCAUCAAGAUCGAACUUGCGUUUUGCAAGGCCAUCCACAUGGCGGUCCUCUGUGAACCUGAGGCUCAGCCCUUCGCAGAAAACUUACAAGGAAAUUUUGUGUUUUUUACCAUGA